AUGAACGAACGAUUCACCGGCCUGCACAGUGACAUUGAAACCCAAUUCAGCCUCAGCUACAACGGGUUUGAGCGCACCGAGAAUAACCUGCAGGGCAUCAGGGAACUCGUUCAAGAGGUUAGGAAUCGUGCUAUUGUGCUCAUAAAGCACGACCGUUGGAGCCGUCACCACCAGUCUCGAAGGAGCGUCCUGGCCGCAGCUGCCGAAGGAUGCUACGUCUGCUCCAUCAUGACUCAUCAUCCUAAAUUCAGGGAUGGAGACAAAGACACGCCUUUCAGGCCUGAGUGGCUUCUAUACCCAUCUAUCAGCAUCGAGAUCGAAGGCCUGCUACAGCUUGAUAUCAACGGCGACGAGGAAGGCCACGGGAGCAACGACGACAGCAAGCAGAGCGGCGAUCUACAGCCGGAUUCCAACGGCGAUAUAAUACGUCUUCCGGUCGAUGGCACCGAGGUCAAUGCUGCGAUGCCAGAGAUAUUGAUGUGGAAUCUCAUUCUAGUCCCAGCAGACUAUUUCCGACCUAGCCGUCUGGUCAAGCUGCUGGAUGAGGCGAGAGCAAAGCUCAUCAUCUGCUCCCAGGAGCAGACGAUGGCAGAAUCAUACGCAACUUUGUCCCAUUGCUGGGGAAAGGCGAAGACCCUGAAGCUCCUGACUACCAAUAUAGAAUGCGAUCCUCAACAUAUCCGCCGCCGCAGAUCGGAAAGCUCGAUGUCAAGUUUCACCAACCGAGCUCAAUCCCUCAUACUGCCACUGACCGUCAAUCCGACGUGGGUCAACAAUGAAGGCCGCUCAUCCGCCUACUACCUAAUCGACCAAAACUCAUACUAUGACGCGGUUGAAAACUCGCCCCUCCGUCGAAGAGCUUGGGUAUUGCAGGAAGCAUAUCUCUCCGGCCGGAACCUGAGUCUCACACGAACCCAAUUAUGGUGGGAAUGUCGGGAGCUCGCUGCUUGCGAGGCUUGGCCGGCAGGUCUACCGCAUCAGCUGCGGAUAGGUCCAGCGCCAAAGACAACCUCUCUUGAAAAGGCUUAUCGGCACGGCCUAGUAUCUUCUAGAGGUGUCGCCACAAAUCACAUGCUCUGGGACGACCUCGUUGAAAAGUAUUCGGCUUGUGGAAUAACCUUCUUCUCGGACAAGAUGGUUGCCCUGUCCGGCCUCGCAUCGCACUUCCAACAACUGGUUGGCGGGGACCAAUACGUUGCAGGCAUGUGGCGCUCUAGACUUCUCAGUAGGUUGCUCUGGCUUUCAGACAAAUACAGGCAGGCUUUUCGGCCCGUCGCCUAUAGGGCUCCGUCGUGGUCAUGGGCUUCACUCGAAGGGAGCGUGUCGUACAUCAACACGCGCAUUAAGGAAGAUGUUGCAAGUAUCAAGCAAGAAUUCCCAAUGUGCGAGGUGGUGGAUGUCAAUGUGACUCCCUUGGACCGCGACUACCCAACCGGUCCGCUGAAAGGUGGUUGUCUCCGAUUGCGUGGCCCUAUCUUGGAAGUGGCAUGCCGCGGCGAAAAUCUGGCAGUAGCGAGAGGAGACGGGCAGUUUGGGUAUAUCCCAGGUUCGGACGAGGACUCUGGUCAAUUGCCCGACGACGGUUCCAGCCAAAACAGUUGCCUUGCCGACCUAGACGAGAACACUGCUGAUGAUCAGCCAGUGAUCUCGUCGCUCGACGUUGCUAGCGCCCAGUCCAUCGAUUUCGGGGACUUGGCUAACUGCACGAGAAUCUCCCGGCCCUUGACUGCCUGGCGCGGUGGCAUGUGGAGUAUUCCCCUGGUCGAGUGGAAUAGCCAUGGUACGCCAACACUCGGCGGGCUGCUUCUUGUGGCAGUGAAGGACGGCACUACUGGAGUUUUUGAGCGUGCUGGCACUUUUCAUGCCACUGGGCUGACCGCGACGGCGUUUAUGAAGGGCGGGAAUCGGCGGCUUAUGGAGGGCGAUGCGCCGUGGGCGUUAGGUGUUAUGUGGACGCUAACAUUCAUCGUUUUCGUCUUCGUCAUCCUUAGACUAUACACACGUGUCCUCAUUGUCAAAAUCUUUGGUGUCGAUGACCUUGUGUACAAUAUUGCCUUCAACACGUUCGAGAUUAAAGACGUUGAGGAUGUCGUUCGGGCAGUCCUGCUCGAGGUAAUCGGGCAAACAUUUGCCAUCAUUGUUUUCUGCAUCUUUGUCGACUUCUUCUUCGCCAUUUUCCCCUGGAUAUUAGUCUGGAACCUUACUAUGCCCAAGAGGGACAAGAUUAUUAUUGCCGGCAGUCUGAGUCUCGGCAUCUUGUGGGUCACGAUUCACUUCUUCUUGACCAGGCUUGUCGGUAUUGCCAUGCUGACUUACAACCAGAGUGCCGGCGCCUGCGGUAUCAAGAGAACAACGGAGUUACCCAACCUGAUCAAGCAGGAGUACCUUAAGGAUACUGUCCGCGCGAUCGUUUGGUCUGCCGCCGAGAUCUCUGUAACAAUGAUAUGUAUUGGUAUUCCAGUCUGCCGACCACUCUACAAGCGCCUCUUCCGGACGCUUACGUCCACCGACGCCAGCAGCUUCACAAACCCCCCCAGAGGCUCGGCCCUGGCUCUACGCACUGUUGGAGGUAGCAUGGCAGUCAGACACCCUGUUAAACCAGCCCGGCCCUGGAAUGUAUCAGAGAAUCCCAGCUCCCCCGAUGUUCAGCUUGGCUAUAACGGUCCUUCCACCAAGACAGGGCAGGACACCGGCCCGAUGGGCAACAACUCGAAUGACGAGAUCCGAGGCGCAGAGUUCAGCCAUGGCCGGUUGCCACCCAAUGCCAGUACGAGCAGCUAUACGGCAGCGCAACUGGCCGUUGCAUAG